AAACCAAAAACAAAACAACCAAUGGGGUCUCCAAUGGCCUCUUUAGUGGCAACUUUGCUUGUCUUAACAAUCUCUCUCACCUUUGUAUCUCAAUCAACCGCUAACUAUUUCUAUUCUUCUCCUCCACCACCGGUUAAACAUUACACUCCUCCGGUUAAACACUACUCUCCUCCACCGGUAUACCACUCCCCACCACCACCUAAGAAGCACUACGAAUACAAAUCUCCACCUCCACCGGUUAAGCACUACUCACCUCCUCCGGUUUACCAUUCCCCACCCCCACCAAAGAAACACUACGUGUACAAAUCUCCUCCUCCUCCGGUCAAGCACUACUCUCCCCCACCGGUUUAUCACUCCCCACCACCACCAAAGAAGCACUACGUUUACAAAUCUCCCCCUCCUCCGGUUAAGCACUACUCUCCUCCUCCGGUUUACCACUCUCCACCACCACCCAAGAAGCACUACGUGUACAAAUCUCCCCCUCCUCCAGUCAAGCACUACUCUCCCCCACCGGUUUACCACUCACCACCACCACCAAAGAAACAUUACGUAUACAAGUCUCCUCCUCCUCCGGUUAAGCACUACUCUCCCCCUCCGGUUUACCACUCACCACCACCACCAAAAAAACAUUACGUUUACAAGUCUCCUCCUCCUCCGGUUAAGCACUACUCUCCCCCUCCGGUUUACCAUUCCCCACCCCCACCUAAAAAGCAUUACGUCUACAAAUCUCCACCACCACCGGUGAAGCACUACUCACCUCCUCCGGUUUACCAUUCCCCACCACCCCCAAAGAAACACUACGUGUACAAAUCUCCUCCUCCUCCGGUUAAGCACUACUCUCCUCCUCCGGUUUACCAUUCCCCACCACCACCAAAGAAACACUACGUGUACAAAUCUCCUCCUCCUCCAGUUAAGCACUACUCUCCUCCUCCGGUUUACCAUUCCCCACCCCCACCAAAGAAACACUACGUGUACAAAUCUCCACCACCACCGGUGAAGCACUACUCUCCCCCUCCAGUUUACCAUUCCCCACCACCACCAAAGAAACAUUACGUAUACAAGUCCCCUCCUCCUCCGGUUAAGCACUACUCUCCCCCUCCAGUCUACCAUUCCCCACCACCACCAAAGAAACAUUACGUAUACAAGUCCCCUCCUCCUCCGGUUAAGCACUACUCUCCUCCUCCGGUUUACCACUCUCCACCACCACCAAAGGAAAAGUACGUGUACAAAUCACCUCCUCCUCCUCCAGUACACCACUACUCUCCACCACACCAUCCUUACCUCUACAAAUCUCCUCCUCCUCCAUACCACUAUUAGAUAUCUCUAUCACGGAGAACACGAUGUACACAAGAAGACAAAGACAAGACGAAACCAGUACUGGUGAUUGUAAUAAGAGAAACAAAAGAUGAAAGAGAGAAUCCAAGCAGAGAAAGCUUUCUCAUCAUUUUCAAAGUAUUGUUUGCGUUUUAUUGUAAUAAAUUUGAAACUUGUGUGUGUUGAUCAAUCAAUGGUUCAUGCAUGCAAUCAAUAGUCAUAUAUCUAUGUUUGUAAAAUUUUAAUUACGUCUUGUUUCUUUCUGAUUUUUUUCAUGUGCAAGUUUGCUUUGUCCCAAUUAAUAAAGGAGAGUUCUUAAUAAAAAGAAGUUAACAAUAAU